AUGGCCAGUUCCGCGACGUGGCCGAGGCGCCGGCUCCGCCUCGGAGCGGUGGCACUGUGUGCGCUGUCUCUUCGGGUAGUGGCUUUUGCGGGGCCUCACCUUCCUCGUCCAUGUCAGCUCUCGCUUGCGGGGCCCAUCACUGUGCUGGCCGGCGUGUUGCCGGCCUUCCCGGCGGCCGCAGCGGGUGAUGGAGGAGCAGGGUUCCAGGCGAUCAUGUUCGCUCCCGUGAUUAGCUUGUUUGCCAUCAUUGGUGUCGCCAUGAUCGGCGGAUUCGUGCUGGGCAUCUUCGUCCCGCCAGGGGAAGGUGACUAUGGUGACUUCGAAACCACCUUGGGAGAAAGAGAGGCACGCGAGCGUGGCUGGCGCCGCGGCGUGCUUCGUGGCUACGAUGAGGAGACGUAUGCAGCCAUGCGUGGGCAGAGCAAGGAGUGGGCGCAGGCCAGGCUCCUAAGGAGAAACAAAGGCACUUGGAGCCCUGAUUCUUCUGAGCAGAGGCAGAGCGCCGCAGGCGGGUGCGCCAGGGGCACCCGGCGCUCCUGCUCCUGGGGCGCCCGGCGCGCCACCAGGUUCGUGAAGAUGGGGAGUGCCCUGGCCACAGACACCAUCCCGGUACUGGUGACCAUGGUGGAUGUUCACAAUGCAAAAGCCCAGGACAUGUUCUACUUCUGCAACGUUGGCAGCGGUGGAGCUGCCACGAAGGUCAUUGGGCGGUCCCAGACCUUGAGCGUCGAGGUCGGGAUAACUACGGUUCUGACGUUGAUCGUCUACGAGUGCCCCGAACCUGUCUUCACGCCUGAGACGGCUCGUUGCCUCGGGGUGCUCCGCGUACCUGUGGAACGGCUAGCAGAACGCUACAGCUCAGGCAUCUUCCAGCAGUGGUUCAACCUGGACACCAAGACGGAUCCCCGGAUGCCCGCCGGGGACCUUCAGUCCCUGGUCACCAAGUUCGAGCAGUCUUACGCGGACUCGGUGAACGACAUCUACCAGCCCAAGGUCUGCUUGUCCGUGAUCGGCUCCUCCUUCGAGGUGCAGCAGGGCUCGAGAUCCACCUUUGGGAUCUUCGUCGGCGAGGAUGUGAAGACGCAAGCAGGCCCUGACCUGAAGGCGCUCAUCGCCUCCCACAAGCAGCAAGCUGCAUACAUCGAUGCCCUGCACGAGGAGCUCCGUCGUCUAAACACCCCGUCUUAUCGGCCUCUUGCAGCAAGCAUGGCGCAGCCCAUUGGCCCUGGAACGCCUGGCUCCUUUGCGGUGCCCAGACAACCCGGCGCGGCCCCUGGCGGCCCUGGCGGCUACGGCGCCUUCGGCGCGCCCGUGCCAUCGUCGAUGGCACCUCAUUGA